UCCCUGCGGCUCUUUGGAACUAACAACUGGGUUGUAUUUACUUUUGUCUGAGCAUCUUGGGUCACUCGAUACAACCGGUCUUUUAAAAUGGCAAAAUAGGGAUAGGAGAGCGGAAGGGCUGGUCGGAGAGGCUGGCCAUCGAUGGUGCGGACCUGCUGGAACGCAUGUUUUAGCGUCUCAUCCUGAGACUGCUCCAGGGGAAAGUCAUCAUGGUCAGAGAGAGUUAGUCUCCCGAUUCCACUCGGUUCCCUUGAAGCCGGCCUCAGCGGUCCUGGCUCAGUUUCCCCCACCUGCACCCGCGCGGUCCCCUUCCGUGCCAUAUUUCCCCAAGAGGCAUCCGCACAUAACGACCCCAAUAAAACUGUAAACGCGGGCCAAUUCGUCCCCAAAAUUACUGGAUGCCGGAGGUGGGGACUAACCGCCACCUCCACACUAUGUUUUUGUCCCCGAAAUUGAAUCAAAAUUGGGACGACCGGAUAUUCCACCACAUCCCCGUGUACACACCGCACCUUAACCACGCGGCUUGUAUCCAAUGCCCCCGGUUGAACCAGGCUUUGAUGGAUUGAGGUUUGGUUGCAUCCUGAAUCCACCAAGGCCGGGUAUGUACCCCCCUUGAUACUCACGGGAAUUUGGUACUCGCCAGCCUGACCGGGGUUGGCCCGUGGGUCCGGGUCCCCGCAACGCCAACAGGCCAGCCCAGACCUACCCACCGCCCCAAUGGCAGGGAGUGGAGAGGGGAAUUGGCGUGGAGAGAGCAGAGAGACGGAAGUACUGUCCCCUCCCGCACCCCCGAGGCCCGCCCCCCUGGGCGGGGCCCUUGUAUAUGCGAAACGGCCUUGGUCCGUCCCGCUCCGCCCCUGGGGCGGGACACGAGGAGGGCCAGGUGGACGGGACCUAGGGAGAGGGACAGGGCGAGAGAGAGAAGGGGGAGAGAGAGAAGGGGAGAGAGAGUUAGUAGGUGGGGGUGUGCCGACCCCUGGGCACGCCACCAUGUGGUCCUCCGCCAGGUGGAUGGCCGAUUCCAGCGGCGCAGGGCGGUGGCACUGGAACCACUCGGCCGUCUUCUUGGGGAGCCGAGUGAUGAACUGCUCCAGCACCACCAGAUCGAUGACACGCUCCACGUCGCUUCCCUCGGCCAGUAGCCACUUGCGGCAGGAGUCCCGGAGCUGUUGGGCCAACGCGAAGGGUAGGCCGGCCUCGCCCAAGUCCAGGGAGCGGAAGCGCUGGAGGAUGGCCCUCUUCAGAUCGUCGAAGACCAGGAGGUUCGCCACUGGCAGUUGUUGUGCGGCCACCUGGGCCUCGCCAGAGAGCAGGGGAAUAAGGCGCACCGGCCACUGCUCACGGGGCCACCCACAGGCCUCAGCCGCCUUUUCAAAAAGUUCCAGGAAGGCCUCCGGAUCAUCCUGGGCCCCCAUCUUGUGCAGUGGCAGGUGCAUGGCGGGCGGUCUCAGCACGAACCUCCCGAUCGAACCAGCCCCGGAACCUCUCGCGGUCCUCCUGCUGGGCCUGGACGAUGGCCUGGAACCGUCGCUCCUGGUCGGUCCUCAGAUCCAGCAGCGCCUGGUGUUGCUCGCGGUGGAGGACCGCGAGGGACGAAAUGAUGUCCGCAAGCGGCGUCGGUCCGUCUUCCUUCCCGGGUUUCGGCACCAGUGUUGUUAGCUUGAAUGGGUAAGGAAGAGGACAAGGGGUCGGCUGGACUGCUGACGUAUAUUUAUUAACAGAAAUUAAACAAACGUUUUCAAACACCAUAUGGUGACUUCUAUUUUGCUGCGUUCACUCGGUGCUUUCGCUUUCCGGCUUCCGGUCUCGACUCCCGUCAGCAGUCCCACUCUCUCUCCCUUGCUUCCGUCUCUCCUGGCGUUUUAUACCCUCUCCACGCCAACUACUAGAACAAGAAACAGGUGAUAAUAAUUUCUGCCCAAACCACUCACUUACCGCUCGUCUCCUGAUCCUCUCUCCUGCUGCAAACUUCGCUAAACCACGCCCCCCCUGCCACAGUCACGUUUAUUGAUUUGUUGUGGUGGAGCUGUCCUGUCUACACCUAUUCUGCUCAAUACUUUACUUUAGAGAAGUGCCUACAUCUGAUCUGUUUGAACACUCCAGUAUAACAUUUUCACCGUACAAACCCGAAGUUGCUUAAAGUAGUAAUUUAGUUACAUUUUCAGUUAACUUCAGUUUAAGUUUAUUUGAUAGUGUUUUUCACAAUACAAAUCAUUGCAAAGCGACUUUACAGAAAAUUACGUUUCUAAAAUAUAUUUAGUAAGAGCUUAUCAGUGGUGACUGUCAGUUAAUGUACAUAUGGCAGAAACAUGUAGGCAAAGAAGGUACCUCUUAAAGGGAUUGGAUCAGCUCUCACAUGUAGUGUAAUCGUAUUGACCUUACUCACACUCCUGUCUGAUACUGUGACUGAGCUCCUCCCUAAAGUGUGACAGGGACAUGGAAUCAUGCCGUUGGUGUGUGAGCGUGAGAACUGUGGAAGGUGUGGCACUUCUGUAUAUGUAUGUCUGUGUGUGUGUGUGUGUGUGUGUGAGAGAGAGAGAGAGAGAGAGAGAGAGAGAGAG